ACUAUAUAAAGGCACAUGAAUGUUUAUGCGAGAAAAAAUAUACAAAUAGAGAAUUGUUAUCUGAAACAGAGCUUAAAAGAACAUGCAUAAGUUAAAUAUCGUUACGCUAGUGAAGAAAAAUUUACGCAGUUCAGUAACUACACGGCUGAGAAACAUUUCCGAUCAACCCGAGAGGAGUGCUCCCCGAUACAGCCUACGAUACAUGCGUGAACAAGACAUUCCCCAAGUAAAGGAAUUGAGAAGAGUUAACGGAUUUUACGAUGCAGCUUCGUGCUACAAAAUCCUCCUGAAAAUUGAUCCAAAGUGCUUUAUGGUAGCAGAAGAUGAAAAGGGAAAGAUCAUUUCAACUAUAUGCCUUAAGAAAAUUACAAAUGACACCUAUUUCGCUUGUUUCCAUGUAACGCAUGAAAAUUACAGAUUGCAGGGCAUCGCACGCCAGAUUAUCAAACACUCAUUCGAUAGUCAUCCCAACUGCAACAUCGUUGGAAAUUCAGACAUUGGACUGUUGAAAAGGAAUCUGAAAUUGCCUUUUCAUCCGCAAAAUGAUUUUCUUAACAUAGAAUACGAAUAUGACACAGUCAUUGAUUACAAUUUACUCUCUUCAGAAGUUCCUCAAAAUGUAUACCUUCACGAGUAUCAAGAUUCGUACUUAGGAGCCAUCUUGGAUUAUGACAGGUCAGUGGUGGGCUACGAACGAGAGCAACUCGUCGUCUCCAACUGCCGAGACAAAGACAGUCGAUCGUUUGUCGCCACAAAAGGAGGCACCUGUGUCGGCUACGGUACCGCCAAACAAACGAUUCAAGGUUGCGCAAAAAUUGGACCAUUGUAUGCAGAAAGUCCUGUCAUAGCUGAGGCUAUUCUAAAGAACUUGCUUGUGUCGUUCGAUGUAAAAAAGGGCUUAGCAGCGCAAACAUUUAGCACAAAUUUUUACGCCAAUGUGAUUUUCGGAGCCAUUGGAACAACUCGAAAAAAUAUGUUGCCGAGUUAUAGGAUGUAUUCUAAAAGGAAAUUGAUGAAUGAGACUAAAAACAUUUACGCAGUAUUUGAUGGGGAGUAUGAGCCAUUCUAAAAAAUUUCAAAUAUCGAUACUUAGAUUUUCUUUUACAAUCUUAGGUAUUAUCAUUAUGGAAUCAUUUUGUGACUGAUACCAAGGUUAUUGUCAUGGCAUUCUAUUAAAUGUGAGAUUUUCAGCUCAUAGUAAGAAUCGUCAGCUUUUUUUUAAAGCAUUAAUACUG